AGACGACAGGACAUGAGCCCAGGCUCCCCCAGCUUUGUGACAUGAUAAGAAGAACAGCAGUACCAGACCAGUGGCCAGGCCAGAUAAGCCAUGUUGCGUGGGCGGGCUGUGUUUUUCUCUAACUACUCCUUUUGCAGUAUGUAGCCUAACUCCCGAGGCCCUUACUGCACAGCUAAGCUGCUUUUUAGUUAAAACCCAGAACCCCAGCAACAAACAGCAAAGAAAAAUGGAGGGCUUAGAAAAGGACCAUCCUUACUCAGAAUCUUCCCAGCAGCCUCCACCAGCCAGAGAGGAACACACUGUGCCAGGGGCCAUCACACGCCGCCUGAGAGACCGAGAGCUGCUGAGGAAAAGGAAAGCGGAGGCACAGGAGAAAGAUACUGUCCAGUGGGUUCUGGGGUAAAUUAUACUUACACCCUGGGGAAAUUUUAUCUUAGCGACAGGGAAGCACCCCUUGUAUACAGGGAAUGGCCACCUGCUACACUGUGACUUGGACUAUGUGCUCACAUAGGGGUGGGUGGCAGAAGAACCCCUUUGCACUGUUAUGGGGAGUCCCCUCUGGCAGAGCGGGAAGUGGGCAGAGCCUGGGGUCUGAUCCAGCACAGCUGAGCUGGUGCUGGGUGAGAGAGAUGAGCCCCCACUGAGAGCCGCAGGGCUGUAACUCUCCUCCAAGGGCUACUCGUGGGAUGCCACCUACACACCACCCCUGGCUCAGGGUGGGGCCCGAAGGCCAAGUCGUCUAGCCCUGUCCCUUUGAACAUGUGCAGUGGUAAGUGCAAUGAACGCCGCUAUGCACUACUGCCCAGGGGAGGAGCACAAGUAAAGAAAGGACCCACAGAUCCAAAUCUUCUGCUGGUCAAAUAUUCACACGUCCUGGUGAGCUCAGGGAUCACUGACAGAGCACAUGGGGGAAAGCCAACCCGCUGGCCAACGCGGCCAUGGGGUUUUACCCAGGGUGCUGCAUACCGUAGGGCUCCAGAUCAUGCCAUACGAGCAAUGGGGCUAUUCUGCAGCAGGUGGCCAGGCUGGUGGACAAAGUAAAGGGGCUCAAUACUAGCCCCAGGCUCCCUCAUGCAGACAUCCCCCCACCAGCCCCCAGAGACAGCCUUAGUCCCCUGCCAGCCCCCAGGUAGGACUUGAUACACAUCAGCCUCCUCAUCUACCCUCUAGCCCCCACUGACCCAGACACCCCAGCACCAUCCCCACCUCCUCUGGCGCCCCAGACACCCUCCAGCCUACCCACCCCUCCACCUGCCCCAGCCUCAGAGCUGCCAAGUGGUGUGCAGCUCCACGUCCUAUCUCCCACCACUGCUCCAGGCAGAGUGUGUUGACCAUAAGCUGGCACUUAUUGUGAUAUGCAGAUUGUGCAUAUGCAAAGUAGCUCAUUAAAUAAUUUGCAUAAACUGUCAGACAUGGCACCACACAAAACUCGGCAGCUGUGGGAGACCUUGGGCAGGAAGGAGGAAUUGUGAUUCGGGGUGGGUGAGAGUCACGCUGCCUCUCAGGGCUGCUCCUGCGAUCUGGACUGGGCCAUCUAGCCCUAUCUCUGGUGACCGCACCAUCACAGCUCAGGGCACCUGCCCCUGUUUUCCCUUGCUGUGGCCCAGCAAGGGCACCCACUGUAGGCUCCCAGCUUCCCAGACAUCUUUCUCCCUCCUGAAGAGACUGCACAGCUCCCUGCCUACACUGGGAGAUCCCCAGCUGUCUGGCAGCCUACUCAGCCUGCUUGACUUUACUCCUCAGAGAUGGCAAACAGGGUAAUUGCCAUAGUUAAGUUACCACACGGCUCUGCCUAAGCAAGCACAUUUAUUCUUAAGGUGAAAGCAUGCCAGAGAAAACAGGAAAACAGGAAAAGAACCUACACACAUGCCAGUGAGCUCACCAGAGAUCACCUUGACUCCAGCAAGUCCUUCAAACCCCACUGAAGGAUUUUCCUGCAGUCAGAACUUCACCCCAGCUUCAGCUCAGAACAAGCCCUCUCAGUCUUAUGCUGUCUCAGUAGGCUAAAUUCCUUCCGACUCUUCCCUAAGGACUGGGGGCCCCUUGGGACCAGAGGUCUGGUCCGUUUACUGGAUCAGGAAGAAGGCCCCGAGUCAGUUUAAACUCAGGAUAUUUAACCUGAAGUCCUUUCUUUGGCUGCUGGUCCCUGGAGAAUCCAGCUGGAACCAGUAUGUGUAAGCCUCUCUCCAGUUGGUGGUACUGCUCUGGAGGUGUGACUUUGCCUACUCAGCUCCCAUGGUUAGUUCCUGGAGGGCUGUGAUUCCCCCUCCCCCAUGGAAUUACAGACAAUCCCUGGCCCACAUGGAUACAUAAACGUAAUUCAAUAAGAUUUGUCCAGGAUAUUGCCCUGUCUCACACACUAUUUCUCAGUUCACUUCUAAGAUCUGAACAGCUGUUCCCAACAUUGCACCAUGGCUUCAGGCGCCGCUCAGAAGGGGCUAAGCCCUGGACCCACCUAGGUGGAGGCUUCAGGCAAGCCCCUGUGUCAGACUGCUGGCAGGACACUUGGCUUUAGGCAUGAGCCCCUAUUACCCAGGCAAGCUCAGAAUUCACCAGCUGUGUGCAUCAAUCCAUAGGGAAGGCUGUGCCGGCCACGGUGCAUUAUUUUCCCGGGCAGUGAUUUCUCACGCAGAAUAGCAAGUUUGCCCACUUCUGCGUUACAGAGACAAAGGGGAGAGGCACUAAGGCCCAGGCCAGGUGUAGCGACAGACUCUGGCCAGCGCCGCUCUGUGUGGCCUGCGAGGGAUGCAGCUGUGCCAGCCAAAGCCCCUAGCGCUGCCAGCUAUGCUGGCAGAACUGCACUUCUGCCAGCGGAGUUCAGGUUGCGUGGGCCGGGGGGAGAAGCACGCACGCGGGGGGAGAAGAGGAGAGGCUGGAAUAAGCUGCACCAGCGACAGUGCUGAGGGCUACUGGCCUAGCUGUGUCCACGGUAGGAGCUCUUUGCUAGCAGAGCACAGCAGUACGGCUACGCUGACAAAGCGCUCUGCACGGGGAACCCCACGCCCAGCUCCCACUGACAGUGCCUGGCAGCUGGGGGCUUCCCUCUCCUUUGUGCCUGGGAGGGCUGUCCCCUGGUUCACGGCGCCGUGCGAGACGCUGUACUGUUCCGACAGAGAGCGGGGAACGAGCAAAGGGCCAAAGAGGGGCCGAGGAGCUGGAAGAAGAGGCCGACAGCAGGAUACAGAGCCGGAGCCUCAGCCUGAAGGGCAAGAGGAGGUGGAGAAGGAACCCGCAGAGAAAGCACAGGGAUCGCCAGGGCACCAUGAGGAGGAGCCCGCCUUAUCUUUGGCUCAAGAGCUGUCUGGUGGGACUCAGCAGGAGGCCGUGGAGGGCCCCCCAGCCGAGGAUACUCUGCAUCCAGAAGAGCAUGGGGAAGCGCCAAAGUCAGAAGAAGCAGGAAUAUCAGAGGCUUUGAAUAUCUCCCUGGAAAAUGACCACACAGAUAAUGGAUACUACCCCUCAGUUUUAUUUUGAUCUUUUUUUCCUUCCCAUUGCUUUGGUCAAAGUCCAAGCACUGUAGAAUGAUUUAGAUCUGCUAUUCCUGUGUGAGCAAUAAAAACUAAACACUUA